UUGUAUCAGUAAUAUGUGUUCUCUGCUCAGAGCCGGCGGAAGCGCUGUGCGGGGGGGCGUGUGGCAGUAAUGCCAUGCACAUAUAAAACCUGGGUGAGGCAUGACGGAUGGAGGCACUUCCAAGUGAGACAGAAAUAGCCAGGCGUUGGGCAUUGAGGGGGGCGGAGAGCAGCGACAGCCUGGGGGCAGCAAUGUGUCCUUCAUCUCUCACACUUGGGGCUGCUGGCUGCAUCUGGAGUGACGUGCAAAGCUGUGUCCUAAGGAAUCCACCUCCACCCAGCCACCAGGUACCUGCAUUGCUGAGUCCUGGACCCUCUGCCUGGUGCACGGUUACACUGCGGAGAGUUUAGGUGCGCCUGGUACCCACACACAAUGCGAUCCAGCAUCAUCCUGGGUGCAUUCAGGACUCUCUGAUUUUUGGGGGCUGCAUUAAGCCCAACAGGUUUACAAGGAGAAUGCUGUAGAGCAGCUGAGGAGUGUCCCUCCAAGAGUGAGGAUCCCGACUUUUUAUGGUAAUGAUGAUGCAUAAGGAAGGAGAGGGAUCUGGAAGCGGGUGGCUCUCCGGCUGCUGUGCGCUCAGACGCAGCUGCUGUGUGGCUUUCUGCUGCUGCGAUCCCACAGCCUCGCUGGCCAUGGAGUGCCAGCUCUGCCAGACGGAGGACAGCGCAGGGGGCUAGAAAACUGCUUCUUCUCAUGUAGGGUGGAUGUCCUGCAGGAGUAGCCCCAUUCCACCAGGGCGGCACUAUGGUAUCACCCUUUGCGCUUGGACAGCAGUGACUGCGCCUGAAGCGCCCAGAGAUGUUCGUGAACAAGAGUCUUUUCCAUGAAGCGCAUCACCAAAGAGGGGAAUUAGCUGCAGGGCAGGUAGUCACCGGGAGCCUCCUGUCCCUGCUCAUCCUCUGGACCCUUUUUGGUAACAUCUUGGUGUGUACAGCUGUCAUAAGGUUCAGGCACUUGCGCAGCAGAGUAACCAACACUUUCAUUGUAUCUUUAGCCAUUUCUGAUCUCCUGGUGGCCCUCCUGGUGAUGCCUUGGAAAGCUGUAGCAGAAGUUGCCGGCCACUGGCCAUUUGGAGACUUCUGCAACAUUUGGGUGGCCUUUGACAUCAUGUGCUCCACAGCCUCCAUCCUGAACCUGUGCGUCAUCAGUGUGGACAGGUACUGGGCUAUCUCCAGCCCCUUCAGGUAUGAGAGAAAGAUGACCCAAAAGUUGGCUUUGCUGAUGAUCAGUGCUGCUUGGGCUCUGUCCAUCCUAAUUUCAUUCAUACCCGUCCAGCUAAACUGGCAUAGGAAUAAAAAAGAGAGUCAAGCACUAAACAAUCAGACUGCACAGAACUGUGACUCUAGCUUGAACAGGACAUAUGCUAUUUCCUCCUCCUUGAUCAGCUUCUACAUCCCUGUAGCCAUCAUGAUUGUCACCUACACCAGAAUCUACAGGAUUGCCCAGAUUCAGAUCAGGAGGAUAUCCACCCUAGAAAGGGCAGCAGAGCAUGCCCAAAGUUGCAGGAGCAACCGUGUUGACUACAGGCACCACCACAAUAGCCUGAGAAAUUCCAUAAAAAAGGAGACAAAAGUGUUAAAAACACUUUCUGUGAUUAUGGGGGUGUUUGUCUGCUGCUGGUUACCCUUUUUUAUUUUGAACUGCAUGGUCCCAUUCUGUGAUAGGUCUUCUGGACACCCCAAAGCUGGACUUCCAUGUGUCAGUGAGACCACCUUUGACAUCUUUGUCUGGUUUGGUUGGGCUAACUCCUCUCUGAACCCUAUCAUUUAUGCUUUCAAUGCUGACUUCAGGAAGGUCUUCUCCAGUCUUCUAGGAUGUGGACACUGGUGUUCUACCACAGCAGUAGAAACCGUCAACAUCAGCAACGAGCUCAUUUCCUACAACCAAGACACAAUAUUCCACAAGGAUAUCGCGACUGCUUAUGUCAACAUGAUUCCCAACGUGGUGGAUUGUAUAGAUGACAAUGAGGAGACGUUUGACCGCAUGUCUCAGAUCUCACAAACUUCUCCAAACAAUGAGAUGGCCACAGGCUCUAUGUGUGACCUGGACUGUGACACUGAGAUCUCUCUUCAUAAAAUUACACCGGCCAUGCCUAACGGGUUCCAUUAAAUCAGUGUUUACUCUCCUCGGACAGUCAUGUCCGGUUAGGUGUUAUCAUUUGGUGCCAAUUCCAGUCUUAUGCCAUCACCCUUUCUCAUAAACCUAAAUGAGUAAGUUAUGACACUGCAGUAUAUGGAUAUAUUAAACUUAUGUUCUGUCUUUGUGUGUUUAACUAUGGGGACAUAAUAAUUAUUUUAUUUUUGGUUCUGAAAAAGUGCAUAUAUGUAUUAAAGUUUUCUAGUGACAUCCAGUAUAUAUAUACUGUGUGUACAGUGUAGUAUAUCUGUAGAUCGAUAGAUACAGUAGAUAGAUAGAUAGAUAGAUAGAUAGAUAGAUAGAUAGAUAGAUAGAUAGAUAGAUCUAUAUCUACAUUAUAUCUAUCUAUAUAAGAUAGAUAGAUAGAUAGAUAGAUAGAUAGAUAGAUAGAUAGAUAGAUAGAUAGAUAGAUAGAUAGAUAGAUAGAUAUGCAAUUUGAAUGUCAGUAAAUAUGUGUAUAAAUAUUUUUUUCAAUUAAAUCAUAUGGUAGAUAAAUUGCCAGCAACCUGUGGGUCUCCCAGCUGUAGUGGGCUACAUCCAGGCAUAGCUUACAAAAGACCUCACAGACACGCUUUACUGGCACUUCAAGUUCCACAACAUCCAGAGACCUGCAGAUUCACUAUAUCUAAUGUAGAAUGUUUCUUACAGGACCUGUAUAUUUCAUGCAGAUGUUUGAAGGUUUGUAGCAAUAGUAUGUAAUGCUGAGUCUCUUGUCACCACUCCUGCUGGUCAGGGAACAACAUCAGACAAUAUUACACGCAGCAAUGACAGUUAUUUAUUUAUUAUUCAUAGUUUAUUUCCACCUUAUUAUGCAGCACUGUACAGAGAAUAUUACUGUGAGUAUUGGAAUUCCUAAACACACACACACACUACACACACACACACACACACACACACACGAAAUACAUUAUAAAGCUGGAGCCCCCUCCAGAAGUCACCAUGCUUAACAAUGAAAUAACACACUUCUUUGUCUCACUAAUAUAUAUAUAUAUACUGACCAUAUUAUCCCUUUAACCUGGGACACUCAUGAAUUUCACAGGUUCUAUGGCUGGCUGACUACAAGCCUUCAUUUCACCUGGUUUUAAGCAUGUGCAAUUCAUGAGCGUCCCAGGUUAAAGGGAUAAUAUGGUCAGCCUAAUAUAUAUAUAUAUAUAUAUAUAUAUGUAUGUAUAUAUAUAUGUAUAUACAGUAUGUAUACACAUACAUGUGUGUAUAUAUAUCUAUAUAUAUAUAUGUGUGUGUGUGUGUGUGUGUGUGUGUGUGUGUGUGUGUGUGUGUGUGUGUGUGUGUGUAUAUCUAUAUAUAUAUCUAUAUAUAUAUAUAUAUAACAUACACACACACACAUUUGACAAGCGCAGGCCACGGAAGAUCAGAUGUUAUGCAAAUGUCUAGCCACGACCUAUGCAUUUAGAUUACAUUCUGCCAUUACAAGGGUUAAGCGGGCUGAAAAUAAGGCACACACUGCUAUAAUCGCUUAUUGCUGCCUGUGCGACUGAGUAAUCCUCCCCUAAAGCUGCUCAGUGUUUGUGAAACACAUAAUACCAAAAAAGCACCUCAUGAUACAAAGCCCUGGAUGCUGCCUGUAUGGAUGACUAUAACCGACCCUUGUCAGGUCCACCUACAUUAAUAGAUCCCCUACAUGGAUUCCUGUAGAACCCUACCUCAUGGAUGUCCUGUCUCAUUGCUUUAAUGAAUCAAGUGCUCUUACAUAUAGUGAUAUGGAUAUACAGUAUACAUAGGUUUGUUUAUUUGAAUAAUAAAAAUGUGUGUGUUUCCAUUGUGGACAAGUGCUGUUUAUUAAUUAAAUGCAACAGAUGACAUCAUUUAUAUGGUAUGAAAAACUAUCAUUACAAUAUACUUCAUUUACAGUUUGCAUGAUAGAUUUACUAAUUCUCUGUGGUUUAGACCUCCUUCCUCAGGUGUAUUUGGCAGUUUACAAUUUAAUUAAUUUUCAAUUACAAUGAAUUUAUUUAUAACUAGUGUACGUUGCUCAUGUCACUGCCAUACUCACCAGGCAGAUGUUUUGUGGGCUGAUCCAGGAUUCAUUAAAACUGAAAUUCAUUCACUAUAAUCAAGUGACAUCACUGAGGCAUGAGGUGAUGUCACUGAGUCCGAAGAAGGCAUUCUCAUAAAUACUGGAUGAACUUACAAACUAUGUGCCUCCAAUGUGUGAUUGUUAUAUUAUUGCUGUUUUACGCUAUAGUCAGUUUUGCCUUGCUGAAAGGGGUUAUGGCCAUUAGGUCGACAGCACUUAGGUCGACAGUCAUUAGGUCGACCACUAUUGGUCAACAUGCAUUAGGUCGACAUGGUCAAUAGGUCGACAUGGAAAAAGGUCAACAUGAGUUUUUAAUUUUUUUUUAAUUUUUCAUACUUUCUGAUCCAAGUGGACUACAAUCGGGAACGGUAACCUGUGCUGAGUGCAGCGGUAGUGGAGCGAGGCACCUUGCCCGAAGCAUGGCAAGCGAAGCGAGCCAUGCGAGGGGACAUGGUGCACUAUUUGGGGUUCCCGUCACUUUGCGAAGAAAAUGACACCAAAAACAGUAAAAAAAAAACUCAUGUCAACCUACUGCAUGUUGACCAAUAGUGGUCAAUCUAAUGACUGUCGACCUAAGUGUGGUCGCCCUAAUGACCCAUACCCGCUGAAAGCAUCUGCAGCAAGACAGCAUGAGAAUUGGUGCAAGCGCUUCAGCUCUGCUAGCUAUAUUGUUCUGGAUGUGACACAGUGGGUGGGAUCAUCAUGCGUCAGGUUCAGUUGUGAUGCAGCAAUGUAACGUGUGCAGUUCUUAUUUAUACAAAUGGAAGUCGGAGCUAGAUAGCACACCAGCUGUUCUAUCAUUUCAAUCAGGGGAGUUAGACAGUUGACAGUUUUUAACCGUGGCAGUACUAUAACUUUAAACAGGAUGCUUGAAGUAACAUUACUACCCUGUCGGCAUUCUGCAGUCGACAUUAUGCUGUUGUAUGUAUUGACUUACAGCGCAACUGUCACCCAAACAUAAUACACCACAAAUCAAGAGUGUGUUAACACUGAUUGUGCCCUACGUAUUAUGUUCCUCUUAUAUGUUCCUCUGCCCUCUCUUGCAUUAUUUUUACUGGAAAAAACAUGUGCUAGCAAAGAGAAUGUGAGAUUCUCAUGUAUUGCGGUUAUCUACAGUAUGUAUAAGUGCAUUUAGAAUUCCUUACUUGCAGCCCAUUUCCCUUUUUCAGUUUAUCUUUUUUGGAUGACAAGCAGGGCAGCCAUCAGGGGGGGGGACUGUGGGGACUGGUGGCUCCUUAUACCAAUACCUGGAGAACUGCACCAAGUUGUGAAAUAACGGUGGGCUGAUGCACACGGAGGACUUCUUAAAACAAGCCUUUAACUGCACAUCAGCUCUCCGUGAACCGAUCCUGUAGCUCCGCAAUACUCCACCUAUAUGUAAUAUCACAAUGUAUGACAUCACAUAGGGGUGGAGUGGUACGGCAGAAUCUUUUUUUUAGGGGGGAGGGUGUGGAGGGAGCCUA